AUGUUAGCUGCUCUUAAUCAGUUCAUCUCAAAGUUUGCUGAUCGUUGCUGUCCAUUCUACCAACUUUUGAAGAAAUGGAAGGGGUUCAGGUGGAAUGAGAAAUGUGAAAGAGCCUUCCAGGAUUUGAAGGAGUAUUUAAUGCAGGCACCCAUGUUAACGACACCGGAGGCUGGGGAAGACCUAUUCAUGUACCUCUCGGUGUCUAAUCAUGCUGUGAGAGCCGUGCUUUUAAGGGAUCAAAAAGUUCAGCAACCUGUGUAUUACAUCAAGUUUUCUCCUAAGAACGAAGCGGAGAUGGUUUGUCAAGUGGAAUGUCGCCUGUGGAAGGUAUUUGUGGUCGGUGCCUCAAGUGCUAUGGGGGCUGGUACUGGGAUUAUCAUUAUCACCCCAGAAGGAAUACGGCUGGAGCAUUCUUUUAGGUUAAGGUUUAGGGCCUCUAACAACGAAGCUGAAUACGAGACCUUACUUGCCGGAUUAAGAACCGUUUUGGGUAUGGGCGCCCAGGAUGUAGAGAUUUAUUCAGAUUCUUGA